UCGUGGGACAAUCAUCAUUUUCUUUUGGGAAUUUAGGAAAAGAUAACGUGUAAAUACAACCGCCACUGAGAAACCUUUUUAAGUUGAUUUAUUUAUUUAUUGGGGUUGGCAAAACUGAGAAACCAGCAGAGUGUAGAGCCAUCGCAUUUAAAUAUAUAAUUUUAUCUUCAAUUCCAAUCCAGUCCACCACUUAACAAUCACCAAACAAAAAUGGCUUCUACCCCUUCCACUGCCAAUUUUUCUACUCCUUUCCAUGCCUCUUUCCAAACCAAGCCUAUCCAAAAGUCUUGCAAUUCUACUUUAUGGCCUUCCAUGGAACUUUCGGUACCGUCAGCCAAAUUGUUAAUUGGUUCCUCUAAAUCAGGCUUUUUCCGUUCUGGGUUUUUUUCGCAAUCAUCCAACCUUUCUGGGAUUUUCGGAAAGUCUCGAUCUUCGGGUGUUUUUGCAAGAGCAGCUACGGAUAAGACUCUCUAUGACUUCUCUGUUAAGGACAUUGAAGGGAAGGAGGUUCCUCUUAGCAAAUUCAAGGGAAAAGUUCUUUUGAUUGUCAAUGUGGCUUCUAGAUGUGGUUUAACAACUGCAAAUUAUUCGGAGCUAUCACACUUGUAUGAAAAGUAUAAGACUCAAGGACUCGAGAUACUAGCUUUCCCUUGCAAUCAGUUUGGUGGUCAAGAACCUGGAUCAAAUCCAGAAAUCAAGCAGUUCGCUUGUACAAGGUUCAAAGCCGAAUUCCCAAUUUUUGAUAAGGUUGAUGUAAAUGGACCACAGACAGCUCCAGUUUAUAAGUUUCUGAAAUCUAGUGCCGGAGGCUUUCUAGGGGAUGUAAUAAAGUGGAAUUUCGAGAAGUUUUUGGUGGAUAAAAAUGGCGUAGUUGUUGAGAGAUAUGCACCAACGACAUCUCCUUUUCAGAUCGAGAAGGACAUACAGAAGCUACUUGCAGCAUGAACUCAGUUGUACAAGUAAUCGUCACAACAGGAGAACUGUUCUAGGGUUAAAUGAUCUCUAAGAUCAUACACGAGCGAGCGGCCGAGCCUUUCUCGUUCUUAAGGUUCAGCUAUGUAAAAAUAUAUGAUGUGUUUGCAACUAAAUAUUUGAACAUAAUUGUAGUUAGAGUAGUAGUAUUUAUAGUUACAAUGUUCUUACUACGAGAAUUAUAAUUACUAUUGAACUUUUCCAAAUAUGAGGAAGAAGUCUCUUUCGUCUGAA